AUGAACCCUUCGGCCUCCUUCCUGGCCGGGCGCCAGAACAUUGGGUCAGAAGUUGAGAUUUCCACUAUCGAGAAACAACGGAGAGAGCUACAGCUGCUCAUUGGAGAAUUAAAAGAUCGAGAUAGAGAGCUCAAUGAUAUGGUUGCAGUACAUCAAAGACAACUUCUUUCAUGGGAAGAGGAUCGGCAGAAAGUGUUGACUUUGGAAGAACGUUGCAGCAAAUUAGAAGGUGAACUACAUAAAAGAACUGAAAUAAUCAGAUCACUCACAAAGAAGGUAAAAACCCUUGAAUCGAAUCAAAUUGAAUGCCAAAGUACUCUUCAAAAGACUCAGCUACAGCUUCAAGAAAUGGCCCAAAAGGCAACCCAUUCCACUCUCCUUUCUGAGGACCUCGAGGCUAGAAACGAAAAUCUCAGCAACACAUUAGUGGGACUUUCUGCUCAAGUGGGACAACUGCAAGCUCGAGAACAGACUCUCACCACCAUGCUGAAGUUGAAGGACAAAGAUAUUAUCGAGGCAGUCAAUCACAUUGCUGACUGUUCGGGUAAAUUUAAAUUGUUAGAGCAUGCCUUACGCGAUGCUAAGAUGGUGGAGACCUGUAUUGUGAAAGAAAAACAAGAUUAUAAGCAGAAAUUGAAAGCACUUAAGAUUGAAGUCAAUAAGCUAAAAGUAGAGAGAGAAAAAAGGAAAGACGAGUUACUGGAUAUGGCAAAGUCAAAGCAAGAACGCAUGAGCGCAGAGCUGCAUAAUCUGAGACAGAUUUACAUAAAACAACAGCGUGAUCUGCAGUUUCUUAAUUUCAAUGUGGAAACUUCUCAGGAAUUAUUACAGAUAUAUGACUCAAAGAUGGAGGAAUCAAAGGCCCUGGAAUCCAGCAGAGAAAUGUGUUUAUCAGACCUUGAAAAUAACCACCUAAAAGUCGAUUUUAAGAGGGAGGAAAAUCAGAAGUCACUGGUUAAGGACCAAAAAUUUGAGACCACGUUGGUUCAGCAAAAUAAGUCAGAGGAGAGCUCUUAUGAUGUGUGCAAAGAGAAGAAACUACAGGUUAAUGCUUCAUUUGGGGGAAAACGUGUAAUUGCUAUCUCAUCUCUACUUGCAAAAGACUUAGUGGAGAAACAAAAGUCUUGGUCUCUGGGAGGAAAAAUCCAGACUGAACCCGAAAACAAAAGUACGUUUUGCAAGAUCCACGCAAAAUCACCAAAAGGUAAUGGAGUUGGGAUUCAGAAUGAAGAGAAACAACUCUCGGAAACAUCAACAUCUGUAGCCGAUGAAAAGUGGCAUGACAUCAGCCUCUACCUGGGCCUGGCCAACUGUUCUGGUUCAAAACAACCAGGAAAGCUAGAUGUCAAAUGUCAAGAUCACCUGGAAAGGUCUGGAGUCUCAUGUUGCCAUAAAAGCGAAGCCUGUCUGGAUGAAAGCGACAUGUGGGAAUCCAAGUGCUGCCACCCGAGUAACUUCAUAAUCGAAGCUCCAGGCCACAUGUCUGACGUGGAAUGGAUGAGCAUCUUCAAGCCUUCCAAAGUGCAGAGAAUCGUGCGCCACAAAUCGGUGUGCACUUGUUCGGAAAGUGCCAGUGGAACCAAAUACAACUCCUCUAUGAGUGAGCUGAUUGCCAUCCAGCAGUCCCACUGUUUGGGUUCUUCAAAAUCUGCCUUAAGAGAGGAUGAGAAGUUGAUAGAGACGGAGUCCUCUUCUGAUAAAAAGAACUCAUCUAAGAUUUUGUUAGUCAACAAAGAUGCAGCAUUGCCCAGUGAAAAGGAUGAUUUUUCUCCCACAAGCAAGCUUCAGCGUUUGCUGGCAGAAUCCCGUCAGAUGGUUACAGAUCUGGAGCUGAGCACUCUGCUCCCCAUCAGCUCUGAGAAUCUCAGCAGCAGCGCCAAAAGUGCUUGA